AUGACGGAAAGUAGUGACAGGCAACUAUCCCACAUCGUCGGUACAGGCCAGAGAUUCGGCACUUCUCCACAGCCUCCUAUCACUAUUGGACACAUUCCAUCUGUGAAAAUCAAAAACCAAAAAAUGGAGCCGCCCGCUUGCGUCCAGAACGCCAUGAUGACCAAAGACAAGAAACCCUUCACCUACACCCCCGGGGGCGUAGACUUCUCGGAAGCCCGCUCCCCCCGCCUCCAGCGGCGCAUCGAAAGAAACGCCCAAUUGGGCGGCGCCGCCCAAAACGCCCCACCACCACCACCUCGCCCAUCAGGCGACGCCGCCUCCGCAGCGCCGCCUCCAUCGUGCCGCCCCCUUAUGCAAGUGCAGGUUCUACCUUCGGUACCGCCGCCGCCCAGAGGAGGAGCUCCUCCGCCGCCGCCUCCGCCGCCUUCCGCGGGCAAAAAGAAAGUGAGCGCGGGCGGCGGCGGGGCGGUGGUUGAGAGGCCCGACAUGACGAAGAUCAUACCGGAGAACCCGAUGGCGUUGUUGAGGAAGACCGGGGGACCGGCCCCGAGGAAGAGCUUGGUGGAUAAGCUGUUCGAGGAGGGCGGAAGGGGCGGGGAAGAGGCGGCGCCGAUCUCUCCUGUACCACAACCGAAACCACAACCCCAAAUACAACCACAACAACAACAACAACAAUACCCAUCAGUUGAACCACCCAAAUAUCAAUCGUUUCACCAUAGACCGGAAAUGGCGCCCAAAGCGAACGCCGCCCCAUUGGGCACUUCUCGCCCCGACAACCUGGCCAGCCUCUACAUCCCCCCGCCGUCUCCCCCCCACAACGACGACCACACCAAACAAAAGAAAAUCGCCUCGCCGCCCACUCCCCCCGAAAGGCACUUCGAAUCCUCGGGCUCCCUCCAAACGCCCCCGCUCAGAGAAUGCCCCAAGCCAUGGCAAAUCAAGAAGGCCUGGAACCAGGAAGAGCUACCCGCAUGGGCCAAAAGAGACCAAUCGCCCCAAUCCCCCCCAUCACCGCCACAACAAAAACCUCAACCUCAACCCCAAUACGAACCUCAACCUCAUCCAAAGCCGCAGUAUCAACCGCAACCUCAUCAAACACCCCAGUACCAACCACAACCUCAUCAAAAGCCCCAAUAUCAAUCACAACCUCAAUACGAGCCCCAGUAUCAACCCCAAUACCAACCGCAAACGCCUCCAUCUCAACCCCAGCCCCAUCAAAAGGUGCAAUAUCAACCGCAGCCUCAAUACAAACCUCAGGCUCAGGCUCAACCGCAACGGCAGCCUAUUGGCGUGCGAAUAGAGAUUCGUACGAAGCCUCAGGAGUACCAGGAGCCUCAUCAACCUCAGAAGCCUCAGCAAUACGGAGGGGAGAACGGGGACGAGGCGAAGCCUAACGUGGUUUACGUGACGCAGCCGCUGGUGCUGCAGCACCCGGGGGGCGUAGCCCCCGGAAGGGGCUCGGGGAACGGGCCGGUGCAAGUUGUGGAGAGGGAAUUUGGGAAUCCCGCUCAAUCGAAUUCGUUCAAAAUCAUCCAGAGAAUCGUCUCGGAACCGGAUGAGAGUUUGAAUGGAAAUUCCGCGAAAAAUUCGCAAAAGGGACCGGUAAUUAGGACGAUUCCCAUUCAAAUUGAAGCCACUGUCGAAGACGACCGAAACGAAGACCCCCUUGGCGGGGACGCCCCUGUUCAACCCCCUAUCUAUCCCCAACACCUACCCCCUCAUCCUCUAAACCCCCCUCUACCCCCUUACUACCCCUAUCCGUAUUGCGGCUCUAACGAUGAAAAUGGCUCUAUUUCGGACGAUUACUCAAUGUAUUACGACCCUUACUAUUAUCAUUAUUACUAUGGCUAUCAUCACGAUCAUCCCGGUUACGGUCAGUUCUAUCCCUACUCUAUGCCUUUCUCUAAUAAUUUUGAGCAAGAAGAAGAAGAAACCGUCGUAGAAAACGGCUCGAAAACUCAAUUAAAAUCAAUUAAACCGCUCAAAAACCUCGACCAUUACAUCAGGGAUGAAACAGAUGAUGAUGAUGAUGAAGAUGAUGAAGAAGACGAUGAACAUGAAGAAAAUUCCUCUCAAAACAGCUCAAAAACCGCCUUAAAAUCCAUGAAAUCCUUAACGAAUAUCGAUCAGUACAUCAAAGAAGGCGCAGAAAACAUCGAAGAUGAAGAUGACGAAGACGAUGAGGAUGAAGAAACGAGCGAAGAAGACGCCUGUCCCCACCAAUUGAGCGUCAUAAUGGAAGAAAGCGAGUCGAAAUCCAGAGAAACUAGAGCUUUGAGCGACUCCGAUACACUCACAGGUAACAGUGAUGAUGAAGAAGAUGAAGAAACGACGAGAGAAUUUGAAGAAAUCGAUGAAUUUUGCGAAGAGAGGCCAGAAGAAUGCGAAAAAAUCGAAGAUAACGUUAGAACAUUUAAGGAAGAAAGCGAUGAAAUUGAAGAAAUUUGUGAAAAAGUAAGCGAAGAAAUCGAAGUAACCCGCGAUGAAACGGCAGAAGAAAGCCUAGAAACCUGUAAAAAAAGCGGAAAAGAAUCAGAAAAAAUCGAAGAAAAGCGCGAAGAGGACGAGAAAAGGGGCAAUGGUGAGGACGACGAAGAAGAAGAAGAAGAAGAAGAUUGGUGGGAGAUUUUGGGUAAAAAGGAAGAUGAUAUUCCUCCUAAGAAAAUGACAAAUUCCGGAAUUAUUGUAGAAGAAGAUAGAGAUGAGAAGGAUGAUGAAGAAGAUAUCAGAGAAAAUGUAGAAGUUAUAGAAGAUAAUGAUCAAAAUCAAGGAGGUAUUGAAGCAGUCGAUGAAAGUGAUGGUCAAAAAGAAGAAAGUGACGAUCAAAAAGAUGAAAGUGAUGAACAAAAAGAAGAAAGUGACGAUCAAAAAGAUGAAAGUGAUGAUCAGAGAGAUGGGAAAACAGACGAUAAUAGAGCAGUUAAAGAUAAAGAAAAUGGUGAUGAUGGUGAUGAAACUUAUGAAUACACGGUGGUGGUGCGGAGGAAAAAGAGGGAAAGUUCCCUUGAAGUGGAAACGAAACCAAGACCGAAGAGUGUCUACGAAGAAAUGGAAAAACUCGGAAAAUCUGGAAAAUCCGGAAAAUUCGGCUCGACCGGAAAUUUGAUCGAAAUCGAUGAUUUCGUCGGGAUUUUAGAGCGAAUUCGUAACGAUUUCGGUGGAUUUUUGGUAUGCAGGAAACGAAAUCAUGAUCAAGAUCAAUCCCAACAUGAUCAUGGUCAAAAAUCAAUUAAAAAUCUAAAUCCUCACCAAAAUCACGAUCAAAACGGUGAUAUUGACCAAGAACCGAUUAAAAAUCGAAUUCAACACGAAAAUCAUGAUCAAAAUCAUCACCAAAACCUCGAUCACGAUCAAAUUCAUCAGCAAAAUCAUGGUCACGAUCAAAAGCAUGAUCAUAAUCAAAAUUACGAUUACAAUCGAAAUCAUCAUCAAAAGCAGGAUCACGAUCAAAAUCAUCACCAAAAGCAUAAUCAUGACCAAAAUCAACAACAAAAUCACCUCCAAAAGCCCGAUCAUGAUCCAAACAAUCAACAAAAUCAUGACCGCGAUCAAAACCGGACUCAAAACCGAAACCGGCCCGUUUCCAUGUACGAAUUAGGCCAACUCGAUCUUUCCUUUCAAGAGAAACGCCGCUCAAUCGGCUCAAUUCUCAACAUUCAAGAUGGCGGCUCCGCUGAUUAUAUGACGUAUAAUCCCAGCAGGAACCGCCCGAAUGGCGUCGAUAAGGGGCAGCGUCCCUUAACCCCCUGCGAGGAUCCAGAGCCCACUGGAUUGAGCAUCAAAGAUCGCAUUAGAGCCUUGAGGGAGAGCAUAGAGCGCAAAAGGGCGGAAUUCUCGACGCAGGGCCAGCCCAAAUCGUCCGAAGAGAGCGAGGAAAGCGACGAGGAAGAGGAAGAAGAGGAGGAAGAAGAUUCGGGCGUGAAUUCCGAUUUGAGCUUGAGCAGCAAGUGCACCGAGCCGGGCUCAAAGCUCAACGAGUACCGAAGGGCCAAUACUCAUUCGAGAUUGUUCAAGUUGCUGCAAGAGAGCAACGAAGACGAUGACGAUGAUGAUCAGCUGUGCACUCAAAGUGCUCUAAUCGGUGCUCAAAUCGUUUAA